AUGGCGCUUUCUCUUCGACGGCUCCUCGUCCUCUCUAGCCUGUCAUGCCUCUCCAUACUUCCCAAGGCGGAUGCAGAGAGCGCGAGGAUAGCUUCAGUCCCCGACGCAACCGAUCUAGAGCUUGCCUCGCUCAUGCACCUGCAGCUCGACACCCCAGAGACAGAAGGACUAGAGUUGUUAUCAUACAGCGUGUACCCGCUAACCAGGCACGCGGGACUGAACCAGAGUGACCAUGACCGAAACCAAAUAUGGAUCCGUGGGACCCUAGUCCCGGCCGAGGUCCUGGCAGAUGUCAGCCUCAAGCGUGAGGAGACCAUCGUAUUCUUUUCCUGCGAUGGCGAGAAUGCGACGGAGAUGGUCAACGAAGUCAUGGGGGAUCAACCUAAAGCGAUAUUACUUUACAGUGUUGCGGGAAAUGCGUGCAGUCUCGACGGCAACGAUCUAAUCUACAACACCCUUUACACCAUGGGCGACGCUAACGAAGCUCGGGAGACCAUGAACAACACCGUCCGGGCCGGGGGAACUCUACGCGCUACCAUCAGUGGCGGAGAGAAUACGACCACGACAACGCCAGAUUACCCGAAGGGUGGCGGAAACUCUGCGGCGGCGAUGAGUACCCUGUACACCAUCACCGGCCUCACCACGCUAUUGUUUUUGGUUAUUAUCGGGACAGGCGCAGUUCGCGCGCAUCGGUAUCCCGAACGGUACGGCCCACGGCUGGGCUUCGGGGGCCGGCCGGCACAAAGCCGAGCGAGGGGACUAGCACGGGCAGUCCUGGAGACAUUACCUAUUAUCAAAUUUGGAGAUCCGGACUCGGCGAAACCCGAUCCGUCGCUGGAACUCGAGUCCCAAAACUCCAAUACGCCGUCGAAUUCUGAUCCGGCACAGGGAACCCGUUUGUCGGCCAUCCCAGAAGAGCCACAAACGCCACCAGUACGGCAUAUCACCGCACCCAUGUCGGGAGCGGUUCCAGAGGAGGGCGAAGAGGACAAGCAGAAAAAGGAUGUGACCAACAAGACCACCGACAGCGGCCCGCCUAAGAGCACGGAGACGUCCGAGGGCAUUCAGAAUGAUGCCAGGGCCACUGAGGCACCCGUGGGAGAUGAAGACCAUAUCGGGUGCUCCAUUUGCACCGAAGAUUUUACAGUUGGCGAGGAUGUCCGCGUCCUGCCUUGCAACCACAAAUUCCACCCUCCAUGUAUCGACCCGUGGCUUGUCAACGUUUCAGGGACUUGUCCACUCUGCCGCCUCAACCUCGACCCGAUGUACCGUCCUGAUUUCUGGAACGCAACCACCAGUGAAGAACGGAGGGAGUUUAUCCGGCGACAUCGAAUAAGUUUUAGCCUAACGGCCCCGUCGCAGGGGGGUGGAACCCAACACGGUGCUGGGGCGCGUGCUGCGGUAUCGGUGCAGCAACCGCAACAAGAACGGCGCAGGAGUCGGAGGUCGAGCUUUUUGAUGGGCCUUGGAAGAUUGGGAGUAGGGGCUCGGGGGCUGGAGCCGCGUGAUAACAGACAGAGCAGCCACAACCAGGCUACAAAUCCGACGGUGGGGGGGAACCAGUCCGGUCCCGGUACCAGGACUGGUGAUGAUAAUGAAGGCGGACCGACAUCGAACGCAAGUGCUGGAAGGGAGUGA